AUGGAUUUCAAAUGUGCACUGGUUACGGGCGGUGGAGGUGGGAUCGGUAAAGCGCUAGCCCAUGAGUUGAUCUCACAGGGCAAAAAGGUUAUCAUAGUCGGACGGACUGAGUCCAAGUUGAAGCAGGCAUGCAAGGAUAUUGGAGCGGCUGCGGAUUACGUCCUUGACACAGGCGUCGUGUCAGAGAUCCCAGCCUUUGUCAGGUACCUGAUCUCCGAGCAUCCCGAACUUGACUGCCUAGUCAAUAAUGCAGGCGUGCAGCGUUCACUAAGCGUUUUGGACAUGGCACCUGAGGAAUUAUUAGAAAGGGCCGAUCAAGAGAUUGAUAUCAACGCACGCGGGCCGAUGCAUCUUACACUUCAUCUUAUGACUCACUUCAAGCAGAAGCCCCAGGCUAUAGUCAUCAAUGUCUCCUCAGUAUUGGGCUUUGCGCCGUUCUCACUCAUCAAUCUCGUGUAUAACGGUACGAAAGCUUGGCUCCAUUUCUGGAGCAUUAACCUCAGAGCCCAGUUGGAGGAAACGGGUGUCAAGGUUGUUGAAAUUGCCCGGCCCACCGUAGAGACAGACUUUCACCGGGAGCGGGAGAACCCAGAUGACAACAAAAAGGACAACAAUCCCAACGCCCAAAGUGUAGAUGAGUUCAUUGCUGAGGUUAGAAGACGACUUGUGAACGGGGAUGAAACAAUUGGGACUGGGAUGAGCAUCAAUAUUAUAAGACAAUGGGAUGAAUCAAUGGGCAGCGUCUUUACAAAAUUAAGAACAUAG